AGAAUAUGGAAUAGGCGUAUAACGAACCGUGGAAUAAAAAUAAUGUUCAAAGAAUGAACGGGUAAAAAAAAGGAGAGUUCAGAUCUUCUGCACUCGAUGUCUAGUAUUGAUGAAUAAUAAAACAGUUGCAAAGGGUAAAUUUUUAUCCUUACUGUUUAAUUAAAAUAUGUAGUAUUUACAUUAAAGAAAUAGCGAAUCUAGAGCAACACCACGUUACCCUAAUAAUGGUAAUGUACGUUAUCGUUAAACACGCGUAUAAGCCAUUCUCGAAAUCACCCCAUUAACGAAAGCCUCGCAAUUACGAUUUUAAUCCCAUAAAUUCCCCGUACAUCCCAUUAAAGCAUGAGUUCAGGACCCUUCGGUAUUGCCUGACGGUACCAAGAAUCGGUCGAUACUUUUCUCCAAAGGCUUUUCCCUGUUUCAUCCGUGGGGGAUGUCGCGCUGGCAUUCACUUGGCGUCAGAUUACAACCACCGUAGGGGUGGGUGGUUUAUGAGAGGGUAUCCUGGACAUCUAUGGGACCCAUAGGCGCCAGGUUUUAUGAAUUUAUUGCUCGUGUCGUGUAAUGUUUCCUUGUUUCGACAUUCGUAAAUCGAUUCACGAAAGUGAGCAGACUGUUAUGAUACAUCACAGAUAUUCAACGGAAACGUAGUUCUCUUUUGGUGACGUGCGAUGUUCAAUUAUUCGAUGAUUUUCUUAACCUCCGGUAAUCACCAUAAUUUUUUCCUUAUACGUAUCUUUAAAAUAUCAUGGCUGAUAAAAGAAGCAGAUACGGCUCAUCGGUUCGAGAUAGAGCACCAUCGACAGCAGGUAUUGGUGAACUUAUUUUAAAUGAAUUAAAUUUUAUACGUUUGAAUUGUCAGCAAGUACUGCAAGAAAUGCCCAAGAGAAUUUUGCUACAGAAUUUUUAAAAUACUCGGAGGAGUACAAUGUACGCCCCUUACCCAGAGUUAUGGUGAGUUCGCGUCGAUAGUUAAUUAAAACAGUUCCUCAAACGUGAAAUUCUUCUUAGAUAAAAAGUAUUUCGGAACUACAAGUUCCAAGGUAAUUCUUCUUGAGCUAAAUUAAUUAAAACAUUUGAAUUAUUGACGUUUUUUCACGAUACAAGUACCGAAGACGAUGGCUCUCCCAUUUUUUAUUUAACGCACGAAAAGAAGAAAUUUGAUAUUGUAAAGGAAAUCGAAAGCAAAGAUGAGUAUUAAACUAAAUUACUUUUGCUCGAUAAUCGUCCGACUAUUCUAGUUAAUUAAAUCGUGUCUUUUUACGUCGCGAAGUAUCGAUUUGCAUUUUGGAUGCGCUGAAUUCCACCAUGCAGAAAUUCAACACCGUCACCGUUCUCGAGUGAAUUAUACAAAAAUUUUUCAUAUUACAGCACUCUUAAAAUCGUUGCAUAUUUUUAGUGUAAUCUUUGUGAUAGAUUGCCAGAUUGUCAAAUAAAUCCAUUCGGCAUUGUGCUAAUCGCAGAAAUGUUAACAACGAUUGGGUGUCUGCAAGAUUUGAACUUGGACAUGAAUCCGAAUUCGCAGGAAAAUUUUCAUUUAUUGUGCAGACCUGCUGGAAAGUAAAUCCUCUAUAAAACAGCACUUCUAUAUUUUUACAAGAAUUCGUUUUUCAGUUUAUUGUAUUUGUCCCUAAACCUUUGUAAAAUAUCUGACCGUGGAGCGAAGAAAAUAAUGAAUGAAUUAAAACACCAGAGUGCACCAAACAACCCUAAAUUAGUUAUUUUAAGCCUGGCUAAUAAUCAUAUUACAGACGACGGAGCAGCUGAUAUUGGCAGUAUGCUUCGCACAAACAGAUCUUUGAAGUGUCUGGUUUUGCUUGGAAACAGAAUAUCCGAUGAAGGGGCGUCGAUGAUCCUGCAAGAACUGCAAAUAACUACUUUAACGCACGAGGAAGUAAUGGAUCUACGUCGUAGAAAGUUUUCUGAGUUAACGUUACUCGAUCAAUUGGUAAUUAGGUGUAAUUCCUUCGUGAAAUAUAACUGUAAUAAAUAACGACUGAUGAAUAGAUGGAAAAAGAAAAUGACGAGGAGGUUGAUAAGUCGAUAAACGACGAAGUGUCAAGGAAAAAUAGUAAACUACGAAUGCGACCCAGUCCACCUAGACGGUCUAAAAAAUGUAAUUAAUGUUAUAAUAAAUAAGAAUCGAAUAAUCAUUAAUACUAUUUUUAGCCUACGUAGAGUCUAUGACUAAAAUCGGAGAAGAGGAUGGUUUAUAUCCAACUUCCGAAUUAACACGAGUAAUUGUUGAAAUUUAGUAUUCCGUGACCGACAAUUAUUAAUAAUUCAUCUUUAUAGCUGAACGAGAUCGGUCUUUUAAGUAGCAAUCGCCAUCCCUUUCAAAAUGAAAGUUACCCAAUAAAUGGAGCGAUAUCCACAACGGGAAACUUUAAUUUGCAAUACUUGGACUUGAGUUGUAAGCAUUUUUAAUUCAUUUUUUACCUUUUUAAGGUGUUAAGCAUCAUUUUCAUUAUGUAGAUAAUUACUUAACGAAAACAACCGUGCUAGAAACGAUACGGUGCUUGUAUUAUCAGAAUUAUAUGCUAGGAAACGAUAAAACCAAAGGUCUUCUACAUAUUUUGUUGGAGGUAAUAAAACACUGAACACCCAAACUUCACAUAUUAACACUCCCUUUCUAUUUUUAAUAUUAUAAGGGAGAAGGUAUUGAACGCGAGAACGAUAAAGAUUGGAUGACGUUCGAAAAACUGUUACAAACUAGAAGAGAAGAAAAACC